CCUCCCACCAGCAUGGGGAAGGAUUACUACAAGACGCUGGGCCUGGCGAAGGGCGCCUCGGAGGAGGACAUAAAGAAGGCCUACAGGAAGCAGGCUCUGAAGUUUCACCCCGACAAGAACAAGGACCCCGGGGCCGAGGAGCGCUUCAAGGAGAUCGCCGAGGCCUACGACGUGCUCAGCGACCCCAAAAAGAGGGAGAUCUUCGACAGGUACGGGGAGGAAGGCCUAAAAGGAUCCCCCGGCGGCGGUGGCGGAUGCGGUUCCAACGGUCCUUCCUUCAGUUACAGCUUCCACGGAGACCCUCACGCCAUGUUCGCAGAGUUCUUCGGAGGCCGUAACCCGUUCGACAACUUCUUUGUACGAAACGAGGAGGACAUGGACACAGAGGAUCCCUUCUCAGGGUAUGGCAUGGGCGGCAUGGGAGGGUUCGGCCCCAUCGGCGGCGGCGGCUUCCCAAGAGGGCCUCCAGGCCGGGGUCAGCCCAUGAACAGGAAGCAGGACCCGCCGGUCAUCCGGGAGCUCCCGGUGUCUCUGGAGGAAGUCUUCAGCGGCUGCACAAAGAAAAUGAAGAUAUCCCACAAGCGCCUGGGGCCGGACAGGAGGAACAUCCACAACGAGGACAAAAUCCUCACCAUUCAAGUGAAGAAAGGAUGGAAGGAAGGGACGAAGAUCACGUUCCCCAAGGAGGGCGACGAGACCCCAAGCAACAUCCCCGCAGAUAUUGUGUUUGUGUUGAAAGACAAACCGCAUUCCGUGUACAAGAGAGAUUCAUCCAACGUGGUGUACACGGCCAAGAUCAGCCUGAGAGAGGCGCUUUGCGGCUGCUCAAUCAAUGUCCCCACGUUGGACGGACGCACGAUUCCUCUCGUCAUCAGGGACGUUAUCAACCCCGGGACCAAACGCAGAAUUCACGGAGAGGGACUUCCGUUGCCAAAAGCGCCAGAUCAGCGAGGCGACCUGAUUGUAGAUUUCGACAUCCGCUUUCCCGAUCGCAUUUCUGCCACUGCCCGCGAGACACUAGAGAGGGUUCUACCCGCGUAACGUGCCCGCCACCCCCUGACACACCAUAGACCAAAGCAGUACUGAAGGCUGCAAGGAGCGUCUUCAUGAC